AUGUCUGGCCUUCGCAUUCUCGUCCCUGUGAAAAGGGUAAUUGACUAUGCGGUCAAACCCCGAGUCAACAAAGCCCAAACGGCGGUCGAAACCGCGGGCGUAAAACAUAGCAUGAACCCCUUCGACGAGCUCUCCAUCGAGGAAUCCGUCCGCAUCCGCGAGCGCAAAUCCCACCCCCAAGGCGUUGCCGACAUCAUCGCCUUCACAGCAGGGCCGCCUAAAUCUGCGGAUAUCCUCCGCACAGCCAUGGCCAUGGGCGCAGACCGCUCAAUCCAUGUGGAGACCAAAGAUGGCGAGGAAAUCGAACCUCUCGGGAUAGCGAAGCUGCUGAAAGCCGUGGUCGAGAAGGAGAAGAUUGAUCUGGUUGUGUUGGGUAAACAGAGCAUUGAUGAUGAUUCAGGGCAGACUGGACAGAUGCUCGCUGGACUUUUGGGAUGGUCGCAAGCCACGCAGGCCAGCAAGGUUAGCUUUGAGGGGGAUAAGGGUGUUAUUGUUGAUGGGGAGGUCGAUGGGGGCGUGCAGAAGGUAAAGGGAACGCUUCCGAUGAUUAUCACGACGGAUCUGAGGCUCAAUGAGCCGCGGUAUGCGAGUCUCCCGAAUAUUAUGAAGGCGAAGAAGAAGAAGAUUGAGAAGAUUACCGCGGCGGACUUGGGGGUUGAUGUGAGAAGUCGGCUGAAGACACUGAAGGUCACCGAACCUGCACCAAGACAAGGAGGCGGUAAGGUUGCGGAUGUUGAUGGUAUGAUCUCGAAAUUAAAGGAGCUGGGUGCAUUAUAG